AUGGCCGAGUUGAGCCUCGACGACCUGGCCCGCCAACUGUCCGAUAUUGAGGUCGCUCUGUUGCUGUGUCUGGUUGCCCGUGAACAAUGCUUGAUCGAGACCACCAACGCCUGUAUCCAUGAUCUGGCGAAGGAACUGGCCUUGAUUGGCUUGAGUACCUUUGAUAUUUCCUACUCCAUCGUUGAUUGUGCCUCAGCCACAACGAUAGACGACAUCUGCAAUGAGAUUCUGACCCCAGAGACGCGCAAAAGCCAGGGCCGCACAUCGGCUUCGCGCAUGAACACCGAAACGUCAAGUAAUUUGUCUUCAUACAAGAGUCUGCGGGAUCGUAGCAAGUCACCAAUUCCAGGUACACACCCAGACACGAGCAAUGUGGUCAACAUGGUCAUUGCCAAGAAUUUCAACUUGGUCGGCGAGGACAUUCAGCUGAUGCGAUCUCGGAAGUUGGUCACGGAAACCGUCAUCCUGAAUGCGCCGGAGGACUUUCUCUUUGUGCCUCUCGUGGUACGGGAAGGCGAGCAGCUUCAUCCGCCAUUCAAGUUCCAUCUGACCGACCAUUUAUUCAUCUCUCACUUCCACGACCCGGGCAAUGGUUACGUCUACCUGGAAGAUAACGACUGGCUUUCAGAUGGAGAGCAAUCAACAUCCUCCGUCAUUCGUAAGACAGCGAGCUAUCACCAAAAGAAAAGCCCCAAAGUCGACCGAACAAUGAUGGACAAACUCUCCGAAGCAAGUGACAUAGUAUCCGCAAGCGCAGAAGUAGUCCGGUACAUCCAAGAUAUUGUCGUCUUCCUCCGCCUCAGCCGUGCAGUUGCCGGUGGUGUGUCUGCUAAAGCGAGCAAUCAUUUCUCCCGCUUUGCACAACUUCUGGCACCUCUGCACGGCAUCGACUACCUCACACCCUCCAUCGUCGCAUUAGCCGCAAGGAAGGUGUUCCGCCAUCGCAUCGUCGUCGCCACGCCCGACGAUGAUCGCAGCCUCCAGUAUGGAAGCGACUUGGUGGCUGUGUCUCAUGUUCUGGUGGAUGUGACACCUGAUUCGAUUCUGGACGGGGUGCUGGCACUAGAACCUCCAAUAUGA